UGCUCGCAACGAAUAUUUUAUUCGCAAAUUGCGCGGCUAUAGCCGCUGCCCGUGUACGUAGCAAUGAGUUCUAAACCUCUCAUAGCAAACGAGUUAUUGGCAUUCUUGAAGCAUGCCAUUGAUUAUAUGGACGAGGUCAGCAUCUUGCAGAUCUGCAACUCUGCCUUGAAGGAAGCAGAGAUAUGCAGUGCUAAGUUGCUGUUGUUCCAGACGCUCGGCAAAAUCGACCAGAUGCCGUCUCGCCGGAGAGAUGGUACCGAGAAGAGUAUCCAGGACAUAAUCACCCUGAUGAAAGAGACUGACCCGGAUGACGUGCCCGAUUUCGUGGUGAAGGACCUGCACAAACUGCCGCCCAUCACGUUUGACCACGUCGACGUAACCAGGCUUCUUAAGGACAUUACAUCCCUCAAAGUUAGCCUGGCCGAGCUGCAGUCAAAAUUGGAGGUAUCAAAUAACACCAUAUGUGACUUACGUGCCGAGGUAGUGCUGUUACGCAGCGCUGUUUCGGUAACUGGGUCACCUGACGCCUCCAAUAUGAACACACGACAUGGAGCGGAAAACGCUGCGAUCAGCAGUUCGUUGGUGGCGAGUGCGUCACCCAUUAAAACUGCAAGCGUAGCAUCACGCGCCACCGCCGCCUGCGCUUCGACACCGGUGCAAGUACAGGCUUGUGUAGGUACGUUGACCCCUAAACGUGCCUAUGCAGAUAUCGUUGCCGAUAACCAAACUGAAUCGUCGCAGAAAAAGCAAGCGGCCAAUAUAAAACGGGGUCAAGCAAACCAGCCUAGUCUGAAAAAGGACAAGCAUGACAAUGAGGGCUUCAUUAAGGUAGAAAGGAAGAAGAAGCCUCUUUGCCGCAACCAGUGCGGUACCGCGCUGGCAGGACCCAACAUGCUGCUGCGUCCAGCGACACCCACGACGCUGCUGUACGUGUCCCGACUGCAUCACUCCACGAAGGCAGAGGAUGUCGUGGAGUAUUUGCGAGUGAAGACGAACUGGACCUUGAGAGUAGAGAAGUUGGAGUCGCGCCACAAUAUUAACUUCAAGUCGUUCGUGGUGCGGGUUCCAACACAUGAUCUUGAAACCUUUCUCAAGGAACAGUUUUGGCCGAAGAGUAUCGUGUAUCGGCGUUUCCGUGGCCGGCUACGUGAUACCAGUCAGUGAAACACGACGCCGUCUCUUCGUGUGCAAUAU